UUGUGGAAGAGAGUGAAGAAAAUGAACUUUUGCUUCUAGAGCUGAAUCCUCCUAACCCCUGGGAUUCAGAGCCCAGAUCUCCUGAAGAUUUGGCUUUUGGGGAAGUGCAGAUAACAUACCUUACUCAUGCCUGCAUGGACCUCAAGCUGGGGGACAAGAGGAUGGUGUUUGACCCUUGGUUAACGGGUCCUGCUUUUGCCCGAGGAUGGUGGUUACUACAUGAGCCUCCAUCUGAUUGGCUGGAGAGGCUGUGCCAAGCGGACCUAAUUUACAUUAGUCACAUGCACUCAGACCACCUGAGUUACCCCACACUGAAGAAGCUUGCUGGGAGAAGACCAGAUAUCCCCAUUUAUGUUGGAAAAACAGAAAGACCUGUAUUUUGGAAUCUGAAUCAGAGUGGUGUCCAGUUGACUAAUAUCAAUGUAGUGCCAUUUGGAAUAUGGCAGCAGGUAGACAAAAAUCUCCGAUUCAUGAUCCUAAUGGAUGGCGUUCAUCCUGAAAUGGACACUUGCAUUAUCGUGGAAUACAAAGGUCAUAAAAUACUCAAUACAGUGGAUUGCACCAGACCCAAUGGAGGAAGGCUGCCUAUGAAGGUUGAUUUAAUGAUGAGUGAUUUUGCUGGAGGAGCAUCAGGCUUUCCGAUGACUUUCAGUGGUGGAAAGUUUACUGAGGAAUGGAAAGCCCAGUUCAUUAAAACAGAAAGGAAGAAACUCCUGAACUACAAGGCUCGACUGGUGAAGGACCUACAACCCCGAAUUUAUUGCCCCUUUGCUGGGUAUUUUGUGGAAUCCCACCCAUCAGACAA